GUGGGGGACACCUGAACGAAGACUGCAGCGUGGGAGCACGCGGCGGCCUCCUCGUGCAGGCCGCAGCAUCCGACACCCGCGGAAUGAAUAAAAGAUGCGGGAUCGGAUGGAGGAGCGCGCGCGCACGGGCGAGGGUGGGGGAGGGGGGGGUUAUAAACAUCUGAAUGACGGAAAAAAACGUUUAGAAAAAAAAUAUUUUCAUUCAAAUGUUCGUUUGGCAUCAUUUCCGGUAGUCAGCUGAUCUCAUGUUUUUGGAGAAGACCCCCCAGGAGGACCCCCUCCCCCCAGGAGGACCCCCUCCCCGCAGGUCAUCAGCUCCUCCGCUGCUGCGGUCCUGGUUUCAGGACUUCCCUCCGUCUGUUGUCGGGUUUGGUUCCAGAAACAUGAACAUUGGGGGCGUGGUCUUCCCGCUGGUGCAGCAGUCCCGGGACGAGGACUCGGUGGUCUAUCACGGCCAGUACGACACCGAGGGCGUCCCGCACACCAAGAGCGGAGACCGGCAGCCGGUCCAGGUCAGCAUCGAGUUCAACAAGGCGGGAACGUUCGAGACGGUCUGGCAGGCCAAGUACUACAACUACUACAAGAGGGAGCACUGCCAGUUCGGGAACAAGUUCAGCAACAUCGAGUACGAGUGCAAACCCAACGAGACCCGGACCCUGAUGUGGAUCAACAAGGAGGUCUUCAACUGAACCGGCCCACCAGAGGACCCUCGUGCUCGGUUCUGGAGGGACACAGGUGUCGCUCAUGCUGGUCUUUGGUCUGAAGCUGCUUCUGAAACUGGACUUAAGUUCUUCAUUUCCUCAGAGCUCCAACGCUCUCCUCUGAUUGGCCGGUGCAGGUUCAGCUCUGGAGGUAACCUCGGAGUCGGUCAGAAGAUCAGAGAGCCCCGCCCCCUUACCUGAAGCUCUCCUCAUGCACACAGAAUCUCUUCUGCUCCAUCUGUGGUUCCGUUUUCUUCUCAACGUUCAGUAGAACCCAAACGUCUUCAGGGCUUCUCUGCCCAGUUUGGACUGACCUUCAACGUCCCACCUGAGAAGGUUCUGCUGCUGACACCGGUCCAUCCAUGAUGGUCCGACAGAACCUCUGAACCCACAUGGAGAUGAACGGAAACGGUUUCCAGACCCGACGGAGCUUCCUCUCCACCUGAACCCGAUUUUUGUGAAGAAUUCCCAUCAAGAACCGUGAGGAGAUCCGGCGGACUGAAGACCAGGAUGGAGGACACCUGACCCAGGAGUUUCUGCUGAAGCUCAGAGACGGUUCCUGAAGAAAUCCUGAAUUCAGAUUCAAGUUUGUGAUGUUUGAGGUUUUCUGUUGUCUGUGAGACGGGGACUAUUUUCUGCAGCGGAGGAAUCCACUGGUGCUUUCUGAAGACGUUUGGUUUGUUGGCGUCGCUGCUGCAGUUUGAUGUUUUCAUGACUGGAAUCUUUUGCCAAAAAUGUUCUGAUGUGGAGAUGUUUGUGGUUGAAGUGGUCCUCUCACCUGUUGGUGUUUUCAUGAAUAAACCCGUACAUGAA